AUGGCGUUCACUCAACCAUUCGUGCUGCGUUGGGGUGUGGUUUCCACCGGAAGAAUUGCCAUGGAGUUCGUUAAGGAUUGUUUGAUUAAUCCUGCUACGCGCGACACUACAGACGUCGCCCACAAGGUCAUCGCUGUCGGCUCUCGUAAUGGUAAUGUGCAACGGGCGCAAGAUUUCAUCACUGCGUACGGUUCCGGUGCAGCCAUCAAGGCAUACGGUACAUAUGAGGAGGUGUACGCUGACAAUGAAGUCGAUGCUAUCUACAUUGGCUCUCCUCACACACAACAUUAUGACAACGCGCUCGCCGCACUGCUCGCUGGCAAACAUGUGCUCUGCGAGAAGGCGACUACUUCUAAUGCGGCUGAGCUGCGACACCUCCUCUCCGUCGCGAAGGAAAAGAAGCUCUUCUUUAUGGAAGCGAUGUGGACGCGCUUUCAGCCGCUCACAAAGGAGGUGAAGAGACUUGCGGAGGAAGGUGCCCUCGGUGACCCGGUGGUGCUGCACGCGGAUCUCUCGCACGACUUCCAGCCAGAGACGCUUCCGCAGACUCACAGAAUGCUUGAUCCCUACUUGGGCGGAGGUGCACUGCUCGAUUUGGGACCAUACCCGAUGAUCUGGACAGUACUGGCUCUUUACGAACAUCCAUCAAACAAGAAGGCAUUGCCCACUAGCAUUAGUGCUUCCAUGGUGAAGAGUCCCAUCACCGGCGUUGAUAGCAGUACGAGCUGGACGGUGAACUUCACAUCGGCGCUGCGCGCGCAGGCGAUCCUCAGCUGCAGCAUGACCAUCCCCACCGCGCAGUUUGGCGCGACAAUUCGUUACCAAAACGGCAACAUCAUUAUUGGUACACCCAUCUUCAAGCCGUCGACGCUCACGGUACAAUACUUUGACAAGCCAGGCAGUGGCAAUGUCGUGCGCGAGGAAAAACGUGUCUUCGAGUAUGUUGGUGGAGGCUGGUACUAUGAGGCGGAUGAAGUCGCCAAAUGCGUGAGGGAUGGGAAACUGGAGAGCGACCUAUGGGGACACGACAAGAGUCUCCUCCUGAUGGACACAUUUGAUGAGGUGCGCCGUCAAGGAGGGUACCAGCUGCCAGCUGGUGUAGAGAAGGUAGUGUAA